GUUCUCGUGCCCUUGAAACAUCUCAUUGUCUUGCCCGCACAUCAUCGCAUUCCAUUCUCGGCGAAUCGUUUCUCUCAUUCUCACAACAUGAAAUUAUAGUAAAGUCUCUCACUAUCAAAAAAGCACAUUCUCUACUUUCAAACAUGGCUUCAGAAACCCCCUCCGCUCACGAUCCAACGACCUCCUCUACCUCAACCUCAUGGGAACCACCCCGCCGCAGAAACGUUCUCAACGAUGCCUCCUCUCUCAUCAACGGCGGUGGACUCGGAGACCCCUCCUCCUCUCGCGGAGCCAUGCCACCUCCCUCCAAACCCUCCGACAUAGCUCUCGCCCUCGACAUGUUCGAAAAACAAUUCUACCCCCUCGAACCCAAGUCCCUUUCAGGAAUCGCUCUGCGAGCCUUUCUCCUCGGCCUAACCCUCGCCCUCUCCUCCAUCCUCACCAUCUACCUGCUCUCGACCUCCCACCCCAUCUGGCGCUUCCCCUUCUCCCUCGCCUCGCUCUCCCUCUUCCACUUCCUCGAAUUCUACACCACGGCCCUGACCAACGUCCCCGCCGCCUCCGUCUCCUCCUUCCUCCUCUCCAGCAACGGCUCCGCUUACAUGAUCGCCCACCUCGCCUCCAUGACCGAGUGUCUACUCUCGCACUUCCUCCUCCCCACCUCCGUCCUCUCGCCCACGACCCACUACAUCAUCCUCUCUCUCGGCCUCUCCCUCAUAAUUCUCGGACAAACGAUCCGCGCCCUCGCUAUGCUGAAAGCUGGGACCAAUUUCUCGCAUUUCGUGCGGCGACACAAGGCGCAGAGCCACGAACUAGUGACGUCUGGUAUCUACGCCUGGUUUCGGCAUCCGAGCUAUUUUGGGUAUUUCUGGUGGGGUAUUGGGACGCAGCUUGUGUACGGGAAUGCGGUUUGCUUGUUGGCGUUUGGGGUUGUGUUGUGGAAGUUCUUUAGUAAGAGGAUUGAGGGGGAGGAGAAGUUGUUGGUUAAGUUCUUUGGGGGUGAGUAUUUGGCGUAUAGGAAGAAGACUUGGGUUGGGAUUCCGUUUAUUAGGUGAAGUGUGGGUUUUGGGAUGGGUUCACGGCGUUGGGUAUGGGAGUCUGUUUUGAUCUGGGGACUGGCGUAGGUAUGAGGAUUUCGGAUGGCAUAGCGAAGGAUAAGGGCACGAAGCAUUCUAGGCUGGAUAAUGAGCGAGCAUUUAAUAGCCAUAGCACUUGCUUGCAUGUCAGAUUUCACACCUGUUAUUCUCACAAUGAUAACUUUGGUGAUAGAGUAAUGAUAAUAUUCCAAUCCACCC